AUGGACAACUUGGAGAAGCAGCUGAUAUGUCCCAUAUGCUUGGAAAUGUUUACAAAGCCUGUGGUCAUCCUACCCUGCCAGCACAACCUGUGCAGAAAAUGUGCCAAUGAUGUUUUUCAGGCUGCAAACCCAUAUCUCCCAACCAGAAGUGGUUCGCUGACGUCUGGAGGCCGUUUCCGAUGCCCGUCCUGCAGGCACGAGGUGGUUCUGGACAGGCAUGGUGUCUACGGCCUGCAGAGAAACCUGCUGGUUGAGAAUAUUAUUGAUAUGUUCAAGCAGGAGUCAAGCAGCAGCAGCGGCCCAACACAGGAGAGGAAGGAAGAAACGCCCAUGUGCGACGUUCACGAGGACGAAAAGAUCAACAUUUACUGUGUAACCCACGCCGUGCCCACAUGUUCGAUGUGUAAGGUGUUCGGAGCCCACAAAGACUGCGAGGUGGCGCCCCUUGGCACUGUCUAUGAGACGAAAAGGUCUGAGCUGAGUGACGGGAUAGCCAUGAUGGUUGGGAACAACGACAGGAUCCAAGGCAUCAUUAGCCAGCUCGAUGAAGCCUGUCGUGUCAUAGAGGAGAACGCCCGGAGGCAGAAGACGAAGGUGUGCGAGAAGUUUGACCAUCUCUACUCCGUGCUGGAGGAGAAGAAGAGGCAGAUGAGUCAGAAAGUGACGGCCGAGCAGGAAGAGAAGGUGAAUUACAUCCAGGGCCUCACAAAGAACUACGGAGACCAUCUUGAGGAGAGCUGCAAGAUCGUGGAGAGGGGGAUUCAGACUAUGGAGGAGACAGAAAUGGCUCUUUUCCUUCAGAAUGUAAGGGAUCUCCUUAAAAAAAUCGAAGACGCAUCCAGCACGGCACACUUGGACAAAGUUGAGCGCGGCUAUGAGAAAAUGGAUCACUACAAAGUCGACUUCAGAAGAGAACGCAAGGCUCUCAGCAACCUCAACUUCAUCCCAGACGAUGACGACGAGAAUGAAGAAGGAGGAGACGGAGAGGCGGGAGAAGGUGCACGGACUGUUUCUGGAGGGGCUGCGGUUUCAGCCCCCCCUGCACAGCCCAAUGCCCCCCAGCAAAUAAACCCCUCCCUGAGCCCAACCAGGAGCACUCCUUCCACCUAACUGGUAGAAAACAUCCAUCUUAACGAGCAACUGGAGAGCUGCUGCUGCUGCUGCUGCUUCAUGUUGACUUCUGAUCAGUUGUGAUCGGCCGAAUGAAUGCAAGAGUCAUUUUAGAUCCGUAAGAAAGGAAACGUCUGAUUUGAAGCUAAAGGAGUAAGAUAAUCAGAAAAAUCAGUCUUAUUUCUUUGCAUCAUAUUUAUAUGUUUUAAUUCCCCUGUUCAGCUCAUUUUUGAUAGGUGUUGCGUUGCUGCUGGCUAUAUUUAGAAAUGAAAUAAAUUUUUAAAGCCGCUGACCUUUAACAACUCACUGUUAAAGUACGUAAUUAGACGCAAGAAGAAAAUUGGUUCUCUCUUUUGCUUCUUCCUUGUUGUUUUUAUGGCAGAUAUAACUUUAUGUGGGCAGCAGAAAAGUGAGGAAAAAUAUCACUGUGACAUUUCAGUGUUUUACUGCCCAUUUAUUCACUUUUUGUCACAUAGCACAAGGAUGUUUUUCAGUAUUUAAUGUCGUUUUGCCAUUUUGUUAUACGUACAUAUAUUGUGAAAUUAAAAUGUAUUCAACACUUUA